AUGCCAACUCCUGCGCCUUACAACCCAGCCACCUACAAAGGACCAAUCUGUCACAUUGGAGGCUCAUCCGGUGGCGGGUCUGCUGGUGGCUUGGCUCCUGGUAAUCGAGUCAAUGAGAGAAUCGUGAAAGCGGAUGAUGGGUCUGGCAUCCUGCUCAGUCCCGAUCAGACCUGCUUUCAUGUCCUCGAGCCAGGCCAGUUGUUUGGUCCUCAUAUGUCUCGCACGGCCCUGGUUCGGGAUGUGCAGUUCAAGGUGCAGUAUGCGGACAGCGAUUGGGCAGUCGACAAGGUCAUCGAGCUGCUAGGCGGUACUAAAGUCGAGCGCACGGGUCGGACCUACCACAACAAGCGAGAGCUAGUUGGCAUUCAGGAAUGGGUUGAGGGUGGCAAUGGGUACUUCUAUGAGGGCACGCUCAUCAUGCUGAACGAUGCCAAGAGCAAGAAGUCGCUGCGGGAGGUUGGUUGGGGACCUGAUCAUGGUCGGGCUGGUCAGAAGCCGCCGGUUUGGGUCAUGCUGUAUCCGUAG